AGAAGUCUCACUUUCUCUUCCUGUUUCCCGUCAUGGCGCAGGAUCAAGGGGAGAAGGAGAACCCCAUGCGGGAACUUCGCAUCCGCAAGCUCUGCCUCAACAUCUGCGUGGGGGAGAGUGGAGACAGGCUGACCCGGGCAGCCAAGGUGCUGGAGCAGCUCACAGGCCAGACCCCUGUGUUCUCCAAAGCUAGAUACACCAUCAGAUCCUUUGGCAUCAGAAGAAAUGAAAAAAUUGCCGUCCAUUGCGCAGUCCGUGGGGCCAAGGCAGAAGAAAUCCUGGAGAAAGGUCUGAAGGUGCGAGAGUAUGAGUUAAGAAAAAAUAACUUCUCAGACACUGGGAACUUUGGAUUUGGGAUCCAAGAACACAUCGAUCUGGGGAUCAAAUAUGACCCAAGCAUUGGUAUCUACGGCCUGGACUUCUGUGUGGUGCUGGGUAGGCCAGGUUUCAGCAUCGUAGACAAGAAGCACAGGACAGGCUGCAUUGGGGCCAAACACAGAAUCAGCAAAGAGGAGGCCAUGCGCUGGUUCCAGCAGAAGUAUGAUGGGAUCAUCCUUCCUGGCAAAUAAA